AUGGAUGAAACCGUUGCUGAGUAUAUCCGAAGAACCGUACUAAAAAUCCCACGAGAUGAAAUCAAGGCAAUGCUACAGAACUGGGGCUUUCUCUCCGAGACACAGCUGCAAACCAUAAACUUCCAUCAGAUAAAGGAGAACAUUUCUCAAGAUGUUGUUCAACUCUGUGAGGAAAAUUCUGCAGACAUAAAGCAAGCAGCUGUCCUAGACAUAAUUUACAACCACAUCUACCCAAACAAAAGAGUUUGGAGCGUUUACCAGAUGAACAAAACAGAGGAAGAAAUUGAACUUUUUGACUUAUCAGAUUUCAAAAAAAAAUUUAAAAGACGACUUCGGUCAGCCUUGAAAAAUGUCACGAUCAGCUUCAGAGAAUAUGAGGAUAAUGCAAUCUGGAUUAGAAUUGCCUGGGGAACACCAUAUACAAAACCAAACCAGUACAAAACCAGCUAUGUUGUGUACCAUUCACAGACUCCUUAUGUCUUUGUUUCUGCCUCGGUGCUUAGGAGCAACUUGCCUCUGCUGUGUCAGGCUCUGGUUUUUGCUUCCAAUUACCGUGACAUCCGUGAAAUGGAACUUCGAAGUCAUUCUUUAAACUCCCUUAAAGAUAUUGUGUUUAAGAGAUAUAGCCAGAACUUCCAAACUUAUUAUCCAAGACGUACACAAGAAAGGAAUGUAUCACCAGAAAGUGAUUUAAGGAUAAUUCAGGAAAACAGAAAUGAGAAAGAAAGAAUAGAGAGAGUGAAUCGGGAAGUUUUUGGUGAUGGUCCCCAACCGAAACUUGAAUUUGCACAAUAUAAGCUUGAGACGAUGUUUAAAAGUGAUCCUAAAAUGGAUGUUUUGGAUAAAAAAGAACCAUUCAGAUGUCUGGUCAAGUUUUCUAGUCCGGAUCUUUUAGAAUCGCUGAAAUCCUUGGCACCAGCGGGUAUGGCUGAUGCACCACUCUCGCCACUACUUACAUGUAUACCAGAAAAAGCUAGGAAUUAUUUUAAAAUUAGAGAGAAAAAAGAUUUUGCAGGAAGCUUUGUAAGCCCUUAA